GACACACAUGGACUGAUCCACUUUAUUUCCGGGGGACCUCGUGCACGGCUGCAGUUUUAUUUAAAGGCCAGGGAGCGAGCAGCUGAGGCGCGCCCACGUGUGUCGUGAACCAGCAUGAGGGCUCUGAGGUUUGGUUUAACUCUUGUUCGACAUGGGGAAACACGGUACAACAAAGAAGGUCUUCUACAAGGUCAGGCUAUAGAUGCUCCUCUCUCUGAGGUCGGGCUGCAGCAGGCCGAGGCUGCAGGCCGCUACCUGAAAGACGUAGAGUUCAGCAACGUGUUCGUCAGUGAUAUGCAGCGAGCUCAGCAGACGGCUGAAACAAUCAUGAAACACAACAGCAGUUGUUCUUCUCUCCAAAUGGCUCGGGAGCCUUUACUCAAAGAGAUAAGCUUCGGCAUCGCAGAGGGUGGACGACUGCAGGAUGUGAGAGACAUGGCCAAGGCAGCGGGUCAGACGUUCCCAGGCUUCACGCCACCAGGGGGCGAGACUCCGGAGCAGGUGAAGGAGCGGGUCAAAGAGUUCAUGGAGAACACGCUGCGGCAGAUCGGGGCCGAACACUGGCACCGCAGCACGGAGGACGAGACCUGCCCGUCUGCCGUGGAGGGGAGAGCGGACGACGGGGUCAGGGGGGUCCCGGUCCACGCUCUGGUCGUCACACACGGGGCCUACAUGUGUGUGGUGGUGCGCUACUUUGUGGAGGAGUUGCUCUGUUCUUUGCCUCAAGGCUCUGACAGAGCACACGUGUUCUCUUUGAGUCCCAACACGGGUCUGUGUCGGUUCGUACUCAGCGUGAGGAAAGAGGAGGACAGGUUUGAACUGUCGGGGAUUCGCUGCGUGUUCGUCCACAGGGCCGACCACGUCAAAGAGCUCGUUAAACAGUAGGAGCAGAGAGAGGAGCGAUGGGAGAGCAGAGAGAGGAGCGAUGGGAGAGCAGAGAGAGGAGCGAUGUGCAGGAGACGGUGGAGAACAGAAAGAAAAACCUCUUCAGACUUAAAUUGUUAUUUUAAAAACAUGUAUUUGAUAUGUGGAGAAGGUCAAAGGUUCUAGUAAUGUGAGUAAGAGUCUAUGUAAAGUCUGUGUUUGUCUGUUAUUCGGCAGUAUUACACCAAAACUACUGGUUUACCACAAAACAUGGUGGUAGGAUGUGAUGUGGGUCAUGAAAGAAACCACAGAAGUUUGGUGCAGGUCCUUGGUUUUUCUUUUUUCACUUUCUUUAGCAUUGUUCAUUUCUGUUGAUUUCCCAGAGAACAUUUCAUGAAUCUUGAUUGAAAACGUUCAGACACAUUUAUGCAGUUUGGUGCGGAUCCUAAUUCAAAAUCUGGAUAAAGUGAAUUUAAAUGUGGUUUCAUUAAGAGAUUUCAGGGGGAAUUUUUCUAGAAAUAAUACAAAGAUCUUUAUGAAAAAAGUGUUGAUGUCAAUGAACACGUGGAUCUGGACAAUGAUCUGGAUUUUGUGAAUUGAAAAUAAGUAUUUUUAGGAGGUUGAUGUUUGUUCAGUUACUGAACGGUGACAAAUUCAACUAUAUCAGUAAACUGUUCACAGUGUUUUACUGUGAACAGUUUACAGAACACAUCUAUGUUCUUGGUGUAUGUAUCUGAUUCAAUACAUGUAAAUGCAAUAUGGUGAUGAAGUGGCCGAUCAGCCUGGACGGAGGAAUGUGUCCCUCUAGUUUUAUAUCUGGAGCUCACUCACCACAAAGUACAGUUCACUCACAUUUGGAAACACAGAGGAAUUAUCAGGUAGAGCAUCAAUAAAGAUAGAGCAUCUUUAUUAUUAUGCUAAAUGUUAAAACCUGCUUUAUUCCCACGGUUUGAGCUCCUUCUCUAACCUCAGAUAGUUUGUGUUGCAGGCGAUGUCAUCAUCACUUGUUGCUCAUUGCUGUAAAAAUAGGAAACUCUGUCCUCUAAUGAGUCCGUGUUUCUAUUUUCGUCUUCCGGCCGCUCAUCUGUGUAACGAAGGAAAACAGCCGAGCGGCAGCAGUGUUGACUUUUUUGCAAAUCAGUGACUUUCUCAUGAAUUAACACUUUGGGCAACAGAGAGACAAACGCCUGGCGACACCUCGUGUGUUGCACUGGAGCCGGUGUGCACGGCUCCUCUACCGCAGUUUUCAACUAAAACUAAAGUAUUUACAGUAGAAAAACUUUAUUCAUCGUGUGCAAUCAAGAGAAUAGACAGGAUGUGACCACAGGAAUUUACUGUGUGAAAAACUCGUAAUUGAAAAAGACUUUGUGAUGUAAAAAUGAGCCUCGGACUCAAACACGUCUCUUUGCUGCACAGUGUGAAGCUGUUGUGUUGUGUUUCUGUGUCAUUGUGUUAUUUGUGGAGACUCGAGGGAAAACGUCUCCUCCUGAUAAAACUGCUUCUCAUUUCUUCUCCUUCGCAAGAUGUUGUAUUUAACUUUUUAAAAACAUAUCUAACAUGAAUAUUUCACAUCAGUAAACAUGCUUCUUCAUUUA